GGAAGUAGCGCCCGUUAGAGGCGCGUCUGCACGCUGAUUCGUGUUCAGUGUUUAUCCGAGACGAUCAGCAGCACACAGCGCAAUGGCAUCGUUCAGCACAUCCUCCGCGAGACCCUAUCACAUCAUCAUCUUCGGGGCUACGGGUUUUACCGGACAGUUCGUAGUGGAGGAGGUUGCCCGCACCGCGUCCGAAGGUCCUAAGGGGACUCUGAAGUGGGCCAUAGCCGGGAGAAGCAAAGCCAAACUGGACAAAGUUCUCGAGCAGGCCGCCGCAGUUCUCAGUAAGCCCGAGCUGGCGUCAGAAGUGGACGUCAUUGUCGCGGAUGUCAGUGAACCGGACUCAUUGGCUGCUUUGUGCAAACAAGCGGUGAUUGUGCUGAACUGUGUGGGGCCUUACAGAUUCUUUGGUGAACCGGUUGUCAAGGCAUGUGUGGAAAAUGGAGCCCACUACCUGGACAUCAGCGGAGAACCACAGUUUCUGGAGAGUAUGCAGCUGAACUACCAUAACCAGGCUGCUGAAAAGGGUGUUUACAUUGUGGGAGCUUGCGGGUUCGACUCCAUUCCUGCAGACAUGGGUGUUAUUUAUACCAGGGACCAGUUUAAAGGAACACUAACAGCUGUGGAAAGCUUUUUGACUGCGAGCGCAGGACCGGAGGGAGGAUGCGUCCAUGAUGGCACCUGGCAGUCGGCCAUUUAUGGCCUUGCCGACAGCGACAAGUUGCGGAGCCUUAGGAAGAAGUUUGGUCACAAGCCUCUGCCUGUGGUGGGGGCUAAAAUGAAAAGGAGAGGAGCGCUGUUUUUUAGUAAUGAGGUACAGCAGUAUGCCAUUCCUUUCAUGGGCACCGAUCCAUCAGUGGUGAAGAGAACCCAACGUUACCUACAUGAGGAACUCAACGAGACUCCGGUUCAGUAUGGGGCGUAUGCUGGUGUUGGUGGCAUUUCCAACCUUUUUAAACUCUUCUUUGCGGGAAUGAUGUUCUGGAUCCUCGUGAAGUUCAGUUUUGGCAGAAAUCUCCUCAUUAAGUUUCCAGAAUUUUUCUCUUUCGGCUUCUUCUCCAAAGCGGGUCCAACUAGGAAACAGAUGGAGGGCUCUUCUUUCCGCUUUGGAUUUUUUGGCGAGGGUUACACUGAAGGUGUUGACCCCACCGAAGGAAAACCCAACGCUAAAAUCCGCACUACUGUCCAGGGACCAGAGGCUGGAUAUGUCGCCACACCAAUCGCUAUGGUUCAGGCAGCCAUUACAAUGCUGAAUGAAUCCAAAUCCCUGCCUAAAACAGGCGGUGUGUACACUCCAGGUGCGACAUUCGCCAAGACCACUCUCAUCGACCGCCUCAACAAACACGGCAUCCAGUUCUCUGUUCUUUAAGCGGUAUAAAAUGAUUCUGGACCCCUAUGACUUCUAAGGCACCGGUUCAUCUGCUUGCUCAAACAUAGAGAAAUCUAUAUGUAGCUUUCUCGGCUCAUUUACAGCAUUGCUGUUUUCCAGUUUAGUGUCCUGGCUUGCACACAGUAGACCGGGCUGGAUUUAUUAGCAUGCACUUUGCUCCAUUGGCUGAGAAUUUGCACUAUAUGAGUGUGGCACACUUUUUCUAUUUAAUCAUCAUAAUCAUUUCCCGUUUGUUGUUUUAUAAAGUACAAAAUAUUAAUACAGAUGAAAGACAUCUCUAAAAAAACAUCUUCAAAGUACACAGAGUUGAAAGAAAAUAUAAUUGUGUAAAACGAAAACUAGCUUUUGUAAUGUUGUCAUGAGUACAUGUGUAGCCAACAACUUGCAGAAUACUGAAACUUAUUCAAGAACAUGCAAUUUUCAGGAUUUUUUUUGCAUUAUUGUUGGAACCAGUGUGCUAGAUAAAUGUUUGUUUCUCUUAUUGCCUGCUAUUAUUCUGGUUUGUUUCUAACCAAAUAAAUAUAUCACGCAGUA